CCUUUGUUAAAGUGGUCUGCCCUGAGAGGCUGCCAUUACGCAUCGAUACUGCAGCUGCGGGAGUUUCUACAGAAAGUUCAGCGAUUUUAAAUUGAUAAAAGACACCGAACAGUUUGGUUUUUAUAUUCCACCAUAAGAAGAAGCGACGAGGAUCGUUAUUGGAGUAGGUGGCACCAAGGGAGAGCCCCUCUGAAGCCCCGCCACCGACAGCCCUCAGUCGGUGGAGAUGAUCCGGCUGCAGGCCACAGCGACCAGAGCCCGCAUGGAUUUGGUGUAAUUCCGAGCGUUGUACCAGGCCUGCCCCGGGAAAUCGGCAUCAUUUUGGCGUGAAAUAGAAGAAUUCCAAGCCAUGAACAACCACCCGCCGCCCCGAAGAGCUGCUAACGUCGGCUCCAUUCUGCUGACCCCCCAGGAGAACGAGUGUCUGUUCGGCUACCUGGGCAGGAAAUGCUCUAGUCUGUGUUCAGCAGUGGUCCAGGUGUACGGGUCUGAUCGGAGCUGUAGCUGGCUGAAGAAGUGCUGUGGAGUGGCCUGUUUGGUUAAAGACAACCCUCAGAGGUCAUACUUCAUCAGAGUGUUUGACAUCAAGGAAGGGAAAACCAUGUUCGAACAGGAACUGUAUCACAACUUUUCCAUCAGCUGCUCCAGGUCCUACUUCAUGACAUUUGCAGGAGACACCAGUCAAGUUGGUCUGAACUUCGCCAGCGAAGAAGAAGCCAAAAGAUUUCGAGUUGCAAUAAAUGACCUUCUCAAUAGAAGGCAGCGUAAAACUGACAAGAGAGGUGAUCCUAAAAAUGGUCCAGCUCUACCCAUGGCCACUGUGGACAUCAAGAACCCCGAGAUCAACAAUGUCCGCUUCCACAACUCCCACAGCCACCAGCAGCCAUACCACAUCAACAACAUGCUGAGUCACGGAGGGCUGAGCCGCAAGGACAAGAAGACCAAAAACAAGAAGAAGAAGCUGACGAAGGCAGACAUCGGAACGCCCAGCAACUUCCAGCACAUCGGUCACGUGGGCUGGGACCCGAACACAGGGUUUGAUCUGAACAACCUGGACCCAGAACUGAAGAACCUCUUCGAUAUGUGUGGGAUCUCAGAAGCUCAGCUGAAAGACAGGGAGACGUCCAAGGUCAUCUACGACUUCAUUGAGAAGAAGGGAGGUGUGGAGGCCGUGAAGAACGAGCUAAGGAGGCAAGCUCCUCCACCACCCCCAUCUCGUGGGGGUCCGCCACCACCUCCUCCACCCCCACACAGCUCUGCUCCCCCUCCACCUCCACCACCUUCCAGAGGAGGACGUGGAGCUCCUCCUCCCCCUCCUCCAUCACGAGCUCCAGCCUCAGCUCCUCCUCCUCCGCCACCUUCCCGGCCUGGAACCCUGGGUGCUCCGCCCCCACCGCCGCCUCCUACCAGAGGAGGCCAUCAGCCACCUCCUCCUCCGCAUCACCACCACCACCAUCAGCCCCCACCUCCGCCUCCUCCAUCAUUGCACUCUAGCUCUCCUCAAGCUCCACCCCCUCCGCCACCACCGCUGGCCCAUCAAUCUCCCAUAAACGGUGGCUCCAGCUCAGCUCCUGCACCACCUCCUCCUCCUCCUCCGCCUCCCCCCGGACCACCUCCUCCUCCAGAGUUGGAUGGUGUCGGGGAGUCCUUUCACUCACCAAACCUUGGGGGGAAGUCUGCGCUGCUGGAGCAGAUCAGAGGAGGAACCCAGCUGAAGAAGGUGGAGCAGAACAACAGAGAACCAGCCUCCAGCACCGGGAGAGAUGCCCUGCUGGACCAGAUCCGACAAGGGAUCCAGUUGAAGACGGUCUCAGACCACCCGGAGUCCGGUCCUCCGACUCCAGCACCGACUGCAGGCAUCGUGGGCGCUUUGAUGGAAGUGAUGCAGAAGAGGAGCAAAGCCAUUCACUCCUCAGAUGACGAGGAUGAUGAUGAGGAAGACGAGGACUUUGAGGACGACGACGAGUGGGAGGACUAGUCAAGAGUUCUCCCAGCAUCAACAAGGCUCGCUCCUCAUCCAACAUACCUUCAGAACACCACUGACUCGAAAGCCUAAUCCUACAAGUCCUUUGGAAAACUGACUAAAAUAGCGGUGUACAUGUCAGAAUUAGCCGUAUAUUUAUUUCUCCCUUCUUGUUCCUUUAAAAAAACAAAAGCUCUAUUUCAGGGGAAAAUACCUCGACCGUUACGUUUGUAGAGUUGCUCUCCUAGUUCCAGACCCGUAACUUCCCCUGACAAGUCGUCUCGUUGGCACUUAUGGAGGCGUAGGACUGGUCAGUUCAAGGUCAAACUUAGAUAGGGUCAAUAAUUUGCUGAUGCAAACACUUCAUGCUUGUUACUUCCCAAGAGUAUCUUCGUCUUCGUCCGUGCUUUCCUCCGCUGUCUGAGCGUCUGAGCAGGAGGCGUGUGUGCGACCAAACAGGCAGGAUCCUCUUUGUGUUGGAUUGCAGUCGGUUUAAAUGUGAGAUAACACUAUUUUCUUACUGUGCUUCUUUUCGUAUCUUGGGAUUUUCUUAAUACGUUGUAGUUUAGCCGCGUUGUUUUUGUUCUCCUUCGACCGUUGACCAAAACACCGGAGGCCCACGGCCUCGUGUGGGGUUCUUUUUUUUAUUGUCAUUGAAGCAGUAUAUUUGCACACAUUAGCUCCGUUUGUGUGUCUUUGUUUGUAUAUUUGCAGACAAAUCUUAUUUCAGACCUGUUACAUUUCACAGACGUCGAAUAAAGAGUUUGCGAUAGUUACCUAUCACGACUGAUAACUUCCUUUAGCUUUACGUAGUGUGAUGCGCAUCAACAGCUGCAACACUUGAUGGGAAUUUUGUUCUCUUGGUUGUUGUCAUCGUCUUUUGUUACCUAGCAUUCGCCGUGCUCGGGUCAUUAACACAAACAACACGCGUGGAAAAGAUACAAGAAACCAUUUUAUGCAAUGCAACGCUAAACGCCUCCCUACGGAGCAAAUAAAACAGCAAAUGAUGAUAAACCAAGUGUGGCAUUUGCGAGCAGCUUGUGGUCUGCGACGACGCCUGUGAUCGUCCGUCUGAACAACUAAUGGCUUGUUCUAACUAUCAACCCAAGCUGCAACUGAAACCUGAGAUUCUGACGUGAAACCUGUGAAAGCGGUUGGGAGGAGGGACGGUGGUGAGAAUACUAAAUUGUAUACUUAAAUAAAUGUUAUUUACUGAGA